CCGACCCUGAGUUGAGCAGCAGCAGCAUGAAACGCGGUGAUGUGAAUAGCACGGGCAGGAGGAUGUUGAAUCCGAUCAGCUGCACAACGACUAUGAAGGAGCGGGACAGAAGUAACAUGACGGCGAGGGCGGAGGAGGGGGGCAACGCGGUGUCCGUGGCAUUCCCACUGUCCAUGAUGAUCACGGGGUUGGUGGGCAACGCGCUGGCAAUGUUAUUGGUGUAUAAAUCGUACAAGAACAAGGAAGGUGCGAGGAAACACUCGUUCCUGCUGUGCAUCGGCUCCCUGGCACUCACAGACUUCAUAGGUCAACUUCUCACCAGCCCCAUUGUCAUCUCCGUGUACCUGUCCAACCGGCAGUGGGCUAAGGUGGACACCUCGGGGCACCUGUGUCCUUUCUUCGGACUGUGCAUGACUAUGUUCGGCCUGUGCCCACUGUUUAUAGCGAGCGCUAUGGCGAUAGAGCGCACCCUGGCCAUCCGCAGCCCUCACUGGUACUCCUGUCACAUGAAGCCCCGCGCUACCAACACGGUGCUGCUCUGCAUCUGGCUCGGGGUGCUGGCCUUUGCCCUCUUGCCUAUCCUCGGGGUGGGACAGUACACGCUGCAGUGGCCGGGCACUUGGUGCUUCAUCAGCACGGGGGACAGCGAGGCGCCGGGGAACAUCUUCUUCGCUUCCACUUUCGCCUGCCUCGGACUUGUGUCGCUCUUUACCACUUUCUCUUGCAACUUGUCGACCAUUGUCGCCUUGGUGUCCCGGUGUAAGCGCCGCAGCAGCACGUCCCACGCGAACAGGCACUGGGAAAGGAUCACGUUAGAGACCCUCAUCCAACUCAUGGGCAUCAUGUGCGUCCUCUUUGCCUGCUGGUCCCCUCUCCUGGUGAUCAUGCUGAAAAUGAUAUCCAAUCAUACUUCACUUGAACACUGCAAGCCAAAAGGUUCAGAGCAAAGUACAGAGCUACAGAAAGACUGCAAUUUCUUUUUGACUGCUGUCCGUCUGGCUUCACUCAACCAGAUACUCGACCCUUGGGUUUACCUCUUACUUCGACAAAUUCUGCUCAGGAAAUUUUGCCAAGUAGCAAAUGCCGUGUCAAACUGCUCACAUGAUGAACAGAAACAACAGCCAAUGAUCCCCGCAAAUGAAAUAAGACCAGCUGAAGUAUGAUCUAUAUUGUUCGUAUUUAUAGAACUUUGGGUGGAGCUUACAAGCGCAAAGACUUGGAAAAGCCGAGCAAAGAUUUAAUGUGAAAUGGCCGGGUGGUCUAUAUUUUCAGUAAGCAAAGUACUAUUUAUGAAGCUGCUAAAAUGAUAAUAUAUCUUCUAUAAUGUGCCAAAAUGUUUAUACUGAAAUGAAUGCAGUGACUUAAAGAACACAUUAUACAAAGAAUGAAUGUGAUAUUGCAACAGCAUGUUACUCAAGAAGAUGCACUGUUAGCAAGAAGCCCUACCAACAGAGGCGAGCAACUGUGUGCCAGAUAAUGCUUAUAUGAUUCAAAAAGAAAAAUAAACACAGGUUGGCAUGG